GCCCUAGACAUUUGGUUCGCCUUUAUAAAUCCAGUCGCAUGUUCGGAGAGCCACAUAAGUGAUUUUAAUUUGUAGCAAAAUAAACAAUAUAAAGUAAAAGCAAAAAUGCCGGACGCAGUGCAGCAGAGCUUUGUGCGCUCUUUCAUUGACUAUCUGAAGAAGCAAGUGGAUGUGAUGUCGCCGGAUCAGAGCGAAAGUAUUGAAGUGGCCAUCCAAUGCCUGCAAGCGGCUUUCGAUCUUGGGGAGGACGAGGCAGAACAGGUGUCCCAGAGCGAAACAGAAGCUGCCGAAGCUAGUGGCACCACACCUGGCGACGCCAAUGCAUCGAGCAGUGCCAACCAGCUGGCUGUCAAUCCAAAGAACAUUGAUAUGUUUGAGCUCUUCCAAUCGCUGUACAUUGAACGUAAUCCCGAAUCGUUGGCUCUGGCCGAGUCCAUUAAGAACGAAGGCAAUCGCCUAAUGAAAGAUGGAAAAUACAAUGAGGCGCUCUUGCAAUACAAUCGCGCCAUCGCUUUCGACCCCAAGAACCCAAUCUUCUAUUGUAACCGGGCCGCUGCUCACAUUCGCCUCGGGGACAACGAACGGGCCGUAACCGAUUGCAAGUCCGCUUUGCUCUACAAUGUCAAUUAUAGCAAGGCGUAUUGUCGCCUGGGCGUCGCCUAUUCGAACAUGGGCAAAUUCAAUGAGGCCGAGCACGCCUAUGCCAAGGCCAUUGAACUGGAACCGGACAAUGCGGACUACCGGAACAAUCUGGAGGUGGUGCGCAAUGCACGCAAUCAGCCGCCCCAGCUGUCGCAGCUGAGCGACGGACUCAAUGCAAUGCUGUCGAAUCCGACUUUGCGCAAUCUGUUCGGCAGCGCUGAGAUCGAUCUGGAGCAUUUGCAGUCGAUGACACAGAAUCCUAUGAUCAUGAAUACAAUCGGGCAGCUCUUCAACUUGGGCGGACCAGGCGCUGGGCAAGCCAACUCGGCCGGCGGGACGCCUGGCCAGGUGCCGCCAAUGCCUAACGAUAUGCUGCAGCUGUUCCAGAGCCUGGCCACUCAGGUGGCUGAGGCCCAACAGCAACGGGAUCAGACAAGAGGCGCUAAUGCUGGCGGCCCACCUGGCGGCCAGCAACCAGGCAACCAGCCGCCACCCAGCACCUAGACGUGUGCAUCCAUUUAGUGUUAA